GCGCCAGAAGAGACUCGCCAAGGGCUACGGCCCGCGGUGGGGGCGACAAAAACGCCGGCAGCGGGGCCGGAGAGGGAGCGGCGCCCGCCGGUUGCCCGGGCGAGGGCGACGCCGCGCAGCAGCCGCCGCGCGAACAAAAUGGCGGCGGGCGGCAAGAGCGGCGUCCGGCGGGGCAGCGGCAGCGCCAUGCCCGGGGUGCGGAGAGCGCCCGGCGGCCCCUCGCCGCCCGCUGGGAGCAGCGUGGUGAGCGGCGCGCUGCUGGCCAAGGAGGCGGAGUACAAGCGACUGAAUGCAGAAUUAGAAGCAAAAACAGAAAAACUUGUGCGUCAGGCUGAAGAAGUAAUGAAAAGCCAACAGGAGACACUAUCUAGACCAAUUUCAGUACAAACUCAGUUACAUGAAGAUGACAGACAGAGAGAUCCACUCUUUCCUGAAGUUUCGUGUCUUACACACUCACAUACCAAGCCACUAAACAAGAAGAAAUGUGCUUCCGCGCCCAUGGCUCAGAAUAGACCAUAUUCUGGAAGUAAGGGGAAAAGAACAACUUCAAGUGCAGAAAUAAGAAGUCUGGAAGCACAAAAUACUGAUCAUGUUGCAGUACUGGAGGAUUGCAUAGAUUUUUCUUUAGCAAAAACAGGAAGUGAAAUUGAAGAAAAACUAGAUAAAGGAUGCUUGCCAGAUUGUCUAGAUGAUGACAUUAUUCCAAACGUUGGAAACGAAAUUGGAGCAGAAGCUCAAAUCAGGUUUCUUAAGGCCAAGCUACAUGUUAUGCAGGAAGAGCUGGACAGCUUAGCGAGUGAAUGCAGGAAAAAGGAUGAUGAAAAUCAGAGUUUAAAGUCUCGUCUUAAGGAUACCGAGGAAGAAAAGACUAGGCUGCAACGAACAAUCAGUGUGCAACAGUCACAGAAUGAAAAGUACAAAAUGUUGUCACAAGAAGCAAACAAAAAAAGUGAAGGAUUACAACAAGAGGUCAUUGCACUAGGAAAGGAACUAGAGCAUUUAAAGCGUGUUCAAAAGCAGGCUGCAACCAGUCAGAGUGCAACAGAGGUCCGCUUAAAUAGGGCCUUGGAAGAAGCAGAAAGAUAUAAAGUGGAGCUUAAUAAACUGAAGCAAAGUAACAAGGAUGUAGUUAACCAAGAACUCAAAGCAAUUGAAGAAUUAAAAACAGAAAACAAGAAACUGCAGAAAGAAAAAGGAGAGCUAAUUGCAGGUUUCAAAAAGCAGCUCAAGUUAAUUGAUAUUUUAAAGAGACAAAAGAUGCUACCUGGAAAUACUUAAUCUGAAAUCAAGGCUGAGUUUUCCCCUUCUUACGUAUCAUGAGUAGUACUGCCUGAUGAAGGAGGCUGAAAUGGGCAACAGUUGUGUCACUGAUCAUAUGGCUCUUGAAGAGCUAUUUGCAGAGCAUGUCAAGUACACCAGGAUCUCCAGCUGUUAUAGGCUUUAACCUUUUCAGCUGUAAUAAGUUGUCUCUAAAGACUUCUUUCUUGUCAGCAAACUAAAACAAAGGCCUGCUUUCCACCUUCUGCCCUCAGCCAUUUCUCUGUGAUUCCCUUGUCACCUUUCCCUUGUAACAACAGCCUUGUUGCAUAGGAUAGAGAAAGUAUUCUCAUAUUAAAAUGUUUUGGCUCAGACCAACAGCAAAACUGAACAUUUCUCUUACUUUAUC